AAAGAUGCUGAAUUCCAGGAGCAUGAAAAGAUUCUGUCUCCAGAUUUUCUUUCAGUUGCCCAGAUCAUUGAAAUACUAGCAGAGGAUGUAGAUGGAGUUCAACAGAAACUAGAAAAGUUUUUGAAUUUCAAAAAUCUUCAAACCUGUUUAAAGGAAGCCAGUCUACUAGAUUAUUAUGUAUCUGGAUUUUUGUGGGCAAAAGGAAUGGACUUUUCUGUUAUUCAAUAUUCAAAAUUUAUGACUUUACUAGAUAUGCUACUUCAUAAUCUUAGAACACUGCAUAUGUCCUUAGAAGACAGCAUAAAAUGGCUUGGAGAAGUUAUGGCUGAAAUAGGACCAUCACACAAAAAUGAAAAAUGGAAUAUCUUUGAUGUGAAACAAGCCAAUGCUAUUGUUGAUUACUUGAAAAUCAGCUUAUUUCAACACUACAAGCUGUAUGAGUUUCUGUUCUUCUCUGUCAGGGAAGAAAUUGUGAUAGGAACUGAGUCUGGCUUCCUCCAGCUGGUGGUGGACAUGAAAAGAGGCAGCUCCAGUUUAGCACCUCCAAAAGAAAGAGACACUCCUCCUCCUAGUAUUAUUUUCUGUGUUUGCGUUAUAUGUCUGCUCUCAGUUAGUCACUGUGACCAGAGGAGUGAUAUUAUAGAAGACCCAAGUUGACCAUACUGAAUGGGUGAAAGAACAUGAUUAGAGCCCCAAAGAAGCAGGAAGAACUUUUCCAAAGGGAACAGUGGUUUUAUCAAAAGAAUGAACUAAGCACACAUGUACAAUUCCUCUUGCAUCCAAAAUCCUAUAAAAGACCAAAAUUUCCAAAAUUCAGAAUGCUAUAGGUAAGAGGUUUGAUGACAUCUAAAAUGAUAGAUUAUUGAUUAGAUGAAACUGUAGCUCCAUAUGUACUGAAAAGAUGCUACACAGUUAAUGCUACAUUUCUUUAGGCAUCCUAAGUAGAUACAGAAAUGAGAGAAACUUUGAGAGGGAAAAUGAUGAAAGCAUUACUUUCAGGUCAGUUUUCAUUCCAAUCCCAAAGAAAUGCAAUGCCAAAGAAUG